CACAUGCAAACAUCCUCAAGAGCAAGACCAGACCUCCAAAAACGUUUAAAAUGACAAACCAAAGCGAAGAGAUAACAAGUUAGAGAGAGAAAUCCAACUUUACAGGUCAACUACGUCUCAGUCUCUUAGCUCAGUGACAAACACAGUGAGUCCCUAGACUCAAAUGACAUUUUUGCCCCUACCUAUUUUCCUCCUUCACUCGUAACUCAACCACUCCUCACACUAUCUCUUACCGCAAUGAACGCCGACGCCGGUGAAACUCAAUUCCUGCAACAAAAUCUCGGCGAGAUGGAAGAAAACAAACACGACGAUCCAAAUCAAACUGGGUUACAACCGGAUUCUACUGACGGAGCUACCACCUCCGGAAACACCGGCGGAGCUAGAUACAAGCUGAUGUCCCCGGCGAAGCUCCCGAUCUCUAGGUCGCCGGUUUUAACUAUUCCUCCAGGACUAAGUCCGACUUCCUUUCUAGAAUCACCAGUUCUUCUCUCAAACAUGAAGGUAGAACCGUCACCUACAACAGGUUCCCUUCCUAGGCUUCAACAAACAUCACAUGGUUUUAUGACUUCUUUCACGUCAGCUGCGUUUCCUGUAACCACUGUAUGCUACAAUACUAAUACUGUUGAUGACGGAAAAUCCAGCUUCUUUGAGUUUAAACCGCAUAAUAGAUCAAAUAUGGUUCCUGCUAACUUUGACAACCACGCAUGUGAAAAAUCUACUCAAAUUGACGGUCAAGGAAAGGUUCAAACUUUUGUCUCGUUACCGUUAGUCAAAAGUGAAAUUGCAGUCCCUUCAGAUGAAAUAAGUCUAUCAGCAACACCUCUUCAAAUGGUUACUUCAGGGGCUAGUGCUCAUGUUGAAGUCGAGUUGGACGAAUCGAACCCUGGUGGCAACAUAGCAACCGGGAUUCAAGCAUCACUAGUUGAUGGUAGGGGCAGUGGACUUUCAGCUGCUGCUGACAAGGUAUCUGAUGAUGGAUACAAUUGGCGGAAAUAUGGACAGAAGCUUGUUAAAGGAUGUGAAUUUCCACGCAGUUAUUACAAAUGUACACAUCCUAAUUGUGAAGUGAAGAAACUCUUCGAACGCUCUCAUGAUGGCCAAAUCACUGAGAUAGUUUACAAGGGAACACAUGAUCAUCCUAAACCUCAACCGAGCCGUCGAUACUCUGGUGGAAAUAUUAUGUCUGUGCAAGAAGAGAGAUCUGAUAGGGCUUCUUUGAAUAGCCGUGACGACAAAGGCUUAAAUAAUUACGGUCCAAUGCCUCAUGCAGCUGAGCGUGACAGCACUCCAGAGCUAUCACCUAUAGCAACAAACAAUGAUAGUCCAGAGGGUGCAGGGUUUUUGUCAAACCGAAAUAAUGAUGAGGCUGAUGAAGAUGAUCCUUUCUCAAAACGAAGAAAAAUGGAUCUUGAUAUCAUUCCUGUAGUUAAGCCUAUCCGGGAGCCACGAGUUGUUGUACAGACUCUGAGUGAGGUUGACAUAUUGGAUGAUGGUUAUCGCUGGCGAAAAUAUGGGCAGAAGGUGGUAAGAGGCAAUCCUAACCCUAGGAGUUAUUACAAAUGCACAAACGCUGGUUGCCCGGUUAGAAAACACGUGGAGAGGGCAUCUCAUGAUCCGAAAGCUGUAAUUACCACAUACGAGGGUAAACACAAUCAUGACGUACCAACUGCAAGGAAUAAUAGUCAUGACAUGGCAGGACCAUCAGCUGCAGGUGGUCAUCAGGCACGAAUUCGGCAAGAAGAAAGCGAUACUAUUAGCCUUGACCUUGGAAUGGGCAUUAGCCCAAACGCUGAAAUUAGAUCAAACGGUCAAGGGAGAAUGAUGAUGCGAAAUGAAUACAGCGACGGCCAAACUCACACCCACACCGGUAAUUCCAGUUUCAAGUUUGUUCAUACUGCACCACCUCCGGGAUACUAUGGUGUACUAAAUAACAACUCAAAUCCAUAUGGUUCUAGAGAAAAUCCAAGUGAUAGUUAUCCUUGCCCACAGAACAUGGGAAGAAUACUGAUGGGUCCGUAAAACUGUUUACACAACAAAAAUAAAUUAUAAUGAAAUGAAAUUCUGUGUAUCAUUUUGCUUUUAUUUUGGCUGGUAAUGCUUCAAAGGCUUGUUUUCUCUUCGAAAAUGCUGAUAGUUCUUUUAUGUUUCUAUCACAACACUAUCUUAGAGUUGUCCUUUAGUAGAACUAGCAGAAGCUGUGUUCUUUCGAGUUGGCUUUUAUAUCUGAUGUUUGUAUAAUUAUAUGUAGAAAUUCUUCUGUACAAAUAUGAAGCUGAUACUAAAAUUGCUUCCACAAGAAUCCUUGUAAAAGUGUUUGAAUUCAACUAUUUAUAAGAAGUCACACUUGUCUUGUUCCUGAAC